UUUCAAAUAAGAAGAGAUCGAUAAUAUCUUAUACGAAUAAAUUUUUGGAUAAAGUAACUGCUUUAAAAUGUCAACACGACACACUGUCAACGUUAAAGGCACACGAUUGUACAGUACAGAACUCGAAACGAGCCUGUGCCCUAAAUUAUAUCGAUUAAUUAACACUUCUGCUCCAGUAGUCACCGGGAAAACAUCAACAAACUGUGAUUAUACUUGAAAAGUACAAUCAUCGUCAAAUUUUAAGCACUAAAAAAGGGUCACGAAACAACUCGUACAACGAGAAAUUUGAUAAAAUUCCCGAAGAAAUAUAAAUCCCCAAGCAACGACAUGUCGAUCAACGAGGAUUUUUUAGAGGUCGAAGUAUUCGAAUGCGAUGAUUGCGGCGAGAAACACGAGACCAAAAAACGUUUGGAAGAGCACAUACUCAAUAAUCACUUGGGUAAAGCACAACGCGUGUGUAUAAGGUGUGAAAAAAGGUUUGCAAGCGUCCACGUGUUGAAAAAGCAUAUAAGUGCACAACAUUUAGGUGAAAUCAAUGAAUUUACAGUAUACGCUUGUAAGAUGUGUCCAAAAGUAUUCAAAGCGAAAUUCUAUUUGACAUCGCAUUACAAAAGCUGUCAUAUGACAACCAAUUGGACAUACGCUCAGGGAACGGAGUUAGGCAAUUGUGGCAAGGCGCUGACGUUGAAGCUAGUACCCGGAGUUCACUCGUAUCUGAUGAUGCCCGAAAUCAGACAACCAUCGCCGUUUCGAAAAAUGAAUCGAAUUAAUCAUUUUUUGCAGAGGAUGAGAAGUUUCAAAAGAGACCAACUGCGUGGCAAAGUCAACAACCAUGUGAACCAAUUACCCACGCGCGCUCAGCAGGCUACACAAGCGCAACGUCAAAGUGGUUUUUCUGUUCAACAGAUAAACAAAAGCUUAAAUGUUCCUUCGCGCUCGAAUAUAUAAGUUGACUUUUUACUGUAUAUAUAAUUUGAUUUAUUUACAAUUAUAUUGUAUAAAAUUCAAUUUAUUUAAUAAUUAAUAUGAAUAAUUUAUAUAAUUUAUAAUUGUGAAUACGACGCGAUGCGCUCACGCGUGAAGUCUCGUAUCGUAUAAGGCAUUGCGUUACGAGAAAGUUUCGCCGUUUUAUGUAUUAGACGCGAGCCUGCACAUAGUGUGUGCAUAUACAUACAAUAUUAUAUAUACGUAAUAAAUUAGUCGCAACACAGCGCGUGGAAUUAACGGAA